AAAUGGCGGAUAAGAAGCCUUCCAAAACAAACUUGUUUGAUGAUCGCGAUUCUAAACCAGAAAAAACGGAGAGUCCUUUGGAAUUUAUGUCACGCAGUGGUAUUACAAGUGAAAUAAAAGAGGCAAUAACUCUUAUCAUUGAAAACAGGCCUGACGACCCAAUCGCUUUUAUGGCUGAGUUUUUUGACAGCCAUGCGAACACAACCACGGCACUUGUGAAAGCCCAUCAGAAACUCCUGCUGGCACAUCACUCAAGACCAUCUUUCCAAGUCAACCUGGCUGCAGCCUACAACAUCUUAAAACGACAGAAAAAUAGUAAUGGCCUACGAGGGCUUACUGGCAAAACUUACAAUGAUUUAUUGACACUGUUAUGCAAAGACUUGACUGGUACAGAAUCUGAACCUCUUCAAAAGCGAAUCAUGUGCCUAAGCCAUGAAGUGAUUCGCUUUCCAGUUUUUAAACUUGGAGUUUUAUCAACAUUUAUAUAUCAAGGUAAAGCAGAUAAAAAUCUCUGUGAAGCUAUGUUAACUGAAUUACAUCAGGCAGUAGUGAAGACAACAGAUGAUCCCAUCAGCGUCAUUCAAACUGGAUCCAUGUUGAGUUCUCAGCGACUCAAUAAAAUAAUGGCUGAGGCAUUACUGAAAAGUGGAGCCACUAGUCAGUCAAUGGGGGCUGACGAGUUCAUUGUGGGUGCAGCGGAAAUCCUGCUCCAACAGGUUUGA